UCCCACUAGUACUUCCUCUGGUUAAAAAAUACAGUACUAGUUUAACACAGGCAUUCUCGGCUGCCCCAUUCUUCAAAACUAAAAGAUUUGAAUACCAGAAAUUAAAGACGCACUGUAAGCACUAGAUAUAGGGAAUGAGAGUGUGUGAGCUCCCAGUCACUCGUCUUCUCUGAUUCCCAGUAUUCAGUUUUUUCUGGGCUCAGGGACUCAGGAAAGAUGUCUGACGAGAAGAGCAGCAGUGACGGUUUCUACAGAUGGAGUUGGGAUGUAGCGGGAUUCGAACCAAGGUUGUCACCAACGGAGCACGACGAUCACCACAGCUUGACGCCGCCUGCCCCGCUGGUCCGGAGGCACUCGAUCUCACCCUCAUCCAUCUCUUCGUAUUCGGAAUUAUCUAAGCACGCCAAGAGCUCCGGACUCCUCAGAUUGAAGAACAAAAUCAAGCUUGUUAGGGAGGACUAUGCCGAGUUGCGACAAGAGGCCAGUGAUCUGCAGGAAUAUUGCAAUGCAAAACUUGACCGCGUCACACGCUACCUUGGUGUACUUGCUGACAAGACCCGUAGAUUAGAUCAAGCAGCUCUUGAUACAGAAGCUAGAAUUUCUCCUUUGAUAUCCGAGAAGAAAAGAUUAUUUAACAAGUUAUUGACUACCAAAGGAAAUGUACAAGUAUUUUGCCGUGUACGGCCACUUUUUGAAGACGAAGGUUCAUCAGUUGUUGAAUAUCCUGACAGUUUUACUGUUCGUGUCAAUACUGGUGAUGAUAGUUCAUCUAAUCCUAAGAAGGAUUUUGAGUUUGAUAGAGUUUAUGGUCCUCAUGUUGGACAAGCUGACCUUUUUAAUGAUAUUCAGCCUUUUGUUCAGUCAGCUUUUGAUGGAUUUAAUGUUUGUAUAUUUGCUUAUGGCCAAACACACUCAGGGAAGACACACACCAUGGAAGGGUCUAGUCAUGAUCGUGGGUUAUAUGCUAGAUGCUUUGAAGAGCUGUUCGAUUUAUCCAAUUCAGAUGCAACUUCCACAUCUAAAUUUAGUUUCUCAGCUUCACUCUUUGAGCUUUAUAAUGAACAGAUUAGAGAUUUGCUUUUGGAAUCUGGCAGUGAUCGUCCAAAAAUUGGCAUCAAGUUACCAGAUUGUGUUGUGGAACUUGUACAGGAAAAGGUGGAGAACCCAUUAGAUUUUUCAAAAAUCCUCAAAGUAGGAUUUCAGAAUCGAGGAAGCAAUACAUCAAAGUUCAACGCCACUCAUCUGAUAAUCUGCAUACAUAUAUAUUAUGAGAACUUGAUCACUGGUGAGAAUUAUUGCAGCAAACUCUCUCUCAUAGACUUGGCUGGAAGUGAGAGUGCAACUAUAGAAGACGAUACUGGGCUUCAUGCAACAGAAGUGCUGUAUGUAAUGAAAUCUCUAUCAGCAUUAGGGGAUGUUUUGAAUUCCUUGACCUCAAAGAAGGACAAUGUUCCAUAUGGAAACUCGAUGCUUACUAAGUUAUUUUCAGACUCAUUAGGCGGAGAUUCAAAGACAGUAUUGGUUGUCAAUCUUUGUCCAAAUGCUUUAAAUUUGUCUGAGACAUUGUCAUCCCUCAAUUUUUCUGCAAGAGCUAGGAGUGCUGUACUAAGUCUUGGAAACUGGGAUACCAUCAAGAAAUGGAGAGAGAUCGCAAAUGAUGCUCGCAAGGAACUCUAUGAGAAGGAGAAAAUAAUAUGUGAUCUGAAAAAGGAAAUUAUUGGACUAACACAGGAUCUGAAACGUGCCAACGAUCAGUGUGUCCUACUAUUCAAUGAAGUUCAGAGUGCUUGGAAAGUUUCUUAUACUCUCCAGUCAGAUUUAAAGGCUGAGAAUAUAAUGCUUGUUGAUAAGCAUGAGAUAGACAAGGAACACAAUUCACUACUUAGAAGUCAAUUGGCUGAACUUUUGCAGUUGGAGCAAGAGCAGAAGAUGCAAAUAAAACAAUGUGAUUCCACUAUCCAAACACUUCAGACUAAAAUCAAAUGCCUUGAGUUACAACUGAAUGAAGCCCUUUCUUCUAGUGAGAGAACAUUAAUAAAUGGCCAAGAAUCAAGGCUUACAAUGCAAACUAAUUUCAGUCCAAGUGGCAUCAUCGAUUCUACUGCUGCUACUAGAAGACUUGAAGAGGAACUUUUAAAACGUGAUGCAUUGAUUGAGAGGUUGCAUGAAGAAAAUGAGAAGCUAUUUGACAAGUUAACAGAAAAAGCCUCACUAGCCGGAUCACCUCAGGUGUCAAGUUCAUCACCUAAAAGAGCAACUAUAGAAAACCGAGACGUGGGAAGAAAUGUCACAAAUGAUAAUAACGACAAAGGACAUCCUUUGGGUGGGGUUCCUUUUCCGUCAGAUAAGCCUGAAGAAUCUGUUGCUUUGGUCAAACCGUGUGCUGAAAGUAUAAAGAGAACCCCAGCUGGAGAAUAUCUAACUUCUGCCUUAAAUGAUUUCGAUCCUGCACAAUAUGACGGCAGCCUUGCUGCCAUAUCUGACGGAGCAAAUAAGCUUUUAAUGCUGGUUCUGGCUGCUGUCAUUAAAGCAGGCGCGUCUAGAGAGCAUGAGAUACUUGCUGAAAUUCGGGAUGCUGUUUUUUCUUUCAUUCGUAAAAUGGAACCAAAGAGAGUAAUGGAUACCAUGCUUGUUUCCCGUGUUAGGAUAUUGUAUAUUAGAUCUCUGCUUUCUAGGUCACCAGAGCUCCAAUCUAUCAAGGUGUCCCCAGUUGAGUGCUUUUUAGAGAAAGCUAAUACUGGUCGAAGUAGAAGCUCUAGCCGUGGUAGUAGCCCUGUAAGGUCUCCUGUGCGUUACAAUUCUCUACUAGAUGAACAUAUACAGGGAUUUAAAGUAAAUUUAAAGCCAGAAAAGAAAUCAAAGAUAUCAUCUGUGGUUCUCAGGAUACGUGGUAUUGAUCAGGACACAUGGAGGCAGCAUGUUACUGGGGGAAAGCUCAGAGAGAUAACUGAGGAAGCCAAAAGCUUUGCAGUUGGAAACAAGGCUCUUGCUGCUCUUUUUGUUCAUACUCCUGCGGGAGAGCUGCAGCGUCAAAUCAGAAAUUGGCUUACAGAGAACUUUGAUUUUCUUUCUGUUAGUGAUGACACAGUUGGUGGAGCUACCGGUCAGCUAGAACUUCUUUCUACUGCAAUAAUGGAUGGCUGGAUGGCUGGACUUGGUGCUGCAAUGCUGCCUGAUACUGAUGCCCUGGGUCAGCUUUUGUCCGAAUAUGUAAAGAGAGUUUUUAGUUCUCAGCUUCAGCACUUAAAGGACAUAGCAGGCACCCUGUCAACAGAGGUUACAGUAGACUCUGUGCAAGUGGCUAAGCUGCAUUCAGCUUUAGAAUCGGUUCAUCACAAGCGAACGAAGAUUUUACAGCAAAUGAGAAGGGAUGUGGCAUUGUUUACAUUAGAUUCUCCAGUUCGAAGUCCUUCGACAGGAGCCGAAGAUGCUCGACUUGCAUCACUGGUUUCCCUUGAUGGCAUAUUGAGACAAGUCAAGGAUAUUUCAAGGCAAUCGCGUGUUAGCAGCCUUGGUAGAAGUAGGAAGAAAGAAAUGAUUGCAUCUCUAGAUGAGCUUACAGAACAUAUGCCUUCCUUACUUGACAUUGAUCAUCCAUGUGCUCAAAAGCACAUUGAAGAUGCACGACGUAUGUUGGAGUCAAUUCCUGAAGAGGAUGACAUUGUAAAUGCUUCUUCGGAAAGGAGUGCAGAUGAUGCUGUGGAAGAAACUGAGGUGGCACAGUGGAACGUUCUUCAGUUUAACACAGGUUUAGCAUCACCCCCUUUUAUCAUUAAAUGUGGAGCUAACUCGAGUUCUGAAUUGGUGAUAAAAGCGGAUGCCCGAGUUCAAGAACCAAAAGGAAGUGAGAUUAUGAGAGUUGUUCCCAGACCAACUGUGCUUGAGAAUAUGAGCCUGGAGGAGAUGAAACAGUUAUUCACAGUGCUUCCUGAGUCCCUAAGCCACCUAGCUCUUGCUAGGACAGCAGAUGGAACUAGAGCUAGGUACUCCAGGUUAUACAGGACGCUUGCCAUGAAGGUUCCAGCAUUGAGGGACCUCAUAAGUGAACUAGAGAAGGGUGGAGUGCUGAAGGACGUGAGAAGUUAGAACCAGACAAGGGGGUGUAUUUGAAUAUAAAUUCCCAGGUUGGGCCUUCUCCACUUGUGUCAUGAUUCCACAUAUUUUUAACCAAUGUACACCAGUUUAGGUAUGUAUGCUGAGCAUGUAUAUAAUACUGCCUUCGUAAAAUUCAAUUGGUAUAAUAUCUUCCUAACAUUUACCCUCGCCAUUUGUAUAUAUUCAUGUUAUGUUAUUAGGGUUGGACUAUGUUAAUAGAAGUAUUGUGGAAUUGUUCAUCUGCCCGGAGUGGCAAGAUUUUAUUGGUGUACGUUGUGAAUGGAAUUAUCCCAAACGACAACAACAAACACGUAUCAUGAAUUCAUGUUGCACAAUCUUAAGUAUAGCAGUAAAACAUGUCAUAAUUGUACUUAAAUAAAUAUUCAAAUUUAUUUUGGUGCUUUUUAGUUUUUCUUUUUACCUAUUAUUCGUCUAUUUACUUUUAGGGGGUGUAUUGUAUUAA